GCGAGCGCCUCCGUCCCCGGAUGUGAGCUCGGGGCGCCCGCGGUCCCGAGCCAGCGGCGGCGCGGGCGGCGGCGGCGGCGGCGGGCACUGGGCACCGCGGCGGGCGGGCGGGCGGGCAUGGGGGGCGCUCCGAGCGGCCCCGGCGGCCGGGCCGGCAUCUCCGCGGCGUCCCUCCGCUAGAGGAGGGGACCAAGCCAAUUCUCCUUUGCAGCAAAAAAUUGCAUGUAUAUAUUAUUAAGAUAAUAUAUACAUCUGAUCUUAUUUUUUAAAAAAAAGUUUAUUUUGCUCCAUUUUUGAAAAAGAGGGAGCGUGGGUGGCGAGCGGUUUUUACAAAUUAUUCUUAUUUUCUGCUAUCUGUCCCCGUCCCUCCCCACCCCCUGCUGAAGCGACAAUAAGGGCAGGGACCGCGGCUCCUACCUAUCGGUAACCCCCUUACCCGUUCCUUCCCCGCCCCAACGCCCAGCACCGUGCCCUGCACACAGUAGGCGCUCAAUAAAUGUUCGUGGAUGAUGAUGAUGAUGAUGAUGAAAAACAUGCACCAUCAACGGCAGCAGCAAGCGGACCACGCGAACGAGGCAAACUAUGCAAGAGGCACCAGACUCCCUCUUUCUGGUGAAGGACCAACUUCUCAGCCGAAUAGCUCCAAGCAAACCGUCCUGUCUUGGCAAGCUGCAAUCGAUGCUGCCAGACAGGCCAAGGCUGCCCAAACUAUGAGCACCUCCGCACCCCCACCUGUGGGAUCUCUCUCCCAAAGAAAACGUCAGCAAUACGCCAAGAGCAAAAAACAGGGUAACUCGUCCAACAGCCGACCUGCCCGCGCCCUUUUCUGUUUGUCACUCAAUAACCCCAUCCGAAGAGCCUGCAUUAGUAUAGUGGAAUGGAAACCAUUUGACAUAUUUAUAUUAUUGGCUAUUUUUGCCAAUUGUGUGGCCUUAGCUAUUUACAUCCCAUUCCCUGAAGAUGAUUCUAAUUCAACAAAUCAUAACUUGGAAAAAGUAGAAUAUGCCUUCCUGAUUAUUUUUACAGUCGAGACAUUUUUGAAGAUUAUAGCGUAUGGAUUAUUGCUACAUCCUAAUGCUUAUGUUAGGAAUGGAUGGAAUUUACUGGAUUUUGUUAUAGUAAUAGUAGGAUUGUUUAGUGUAAUUCUGGAACAAUUAACCAAAGAAACAGAAGGCGGUAACCACUCCAGUGGCAAGUCAGGAGGCUUCGAUGUCAAAGCCCUCCGCGCCUUUCGGGUGUUACGACCACUUCGACUAGUGUCAGGAGUGCCCAGUUUACAAGUUGUCCUGAACUCCAUUAUAAAAGCCAUGGUUCCCCUCCUUCACAUAGCCCUUUUGGUAUUAUUUGUAAUCAUAAUCUAUGCUAUUAUAGGAUUGGAACUUUUUAUUGGAAAAAUGCACAAAACAUGUUUUUUUGCUGACACAGAUAUCCUAGCCGAAGAGGACCCAGCGCCAUGUGCGUUCUCAGGGAAUGGACGCCAGUGUGCCUCCAAUGGCACCGAGUGUAGGAGUGGCUGGGUUGGCCCAAACGGAGGCAUCACCAACUUUGAUAACUUUGCCUUUGCCAUGCUCACCGUGUUUCAGUGCAUCACCAUGGAGGGCUGGACAGACGUGCUCUACUGGAUGAAUGAUGCUAUGGGAUUUGAAUUGCCCUGGGUGUAUUUUGUCAGUCUCGUCAUCUUUGGGUCAUUUUUCGUACUAAAUCUUGUACUUGGUGUAUUGAGCGGAGAAUUCUCAAAGGAAAGAGAGAAGGCAAAAGCCCGGGGAGAUUUCCAGAAGCUCCGGGAGAAGCAGCAGCUGGAGGAGGAUCUAAAGGGCUACCUGGAUUGGAUCACCCAAGCAGAAGACAUUGAUCCUGAGAACGAGGAAGAAGGAGGAGAGGAAAGCAAACGAAACACCAGCAUGCCCACCAGCGAGACCGAGUCGGUGAACACAGAGAACGUAAGUGGCGGAGGCGAGAACCAAGGCAGCUGUGGGAGUCUCUGCCAAGCCAUCUCAAAAUCCAAGCUCAGCCGACGCUGGCGUCGCUGGAACCGCUUCAAUCGCAGAAGAUGUCGGGCUGCUGUGAAGUCUGUCACGUUUUACUGGCUGGUUAUUGUCCUGGUGUUUCUCAACACCUUAACCAUUUCCUCUGAGCACUACAACCAGCCUGACUGGCUGACGCAGAUUCAAGAUAUUGCUAACAAAGUCCUCCUGGCUCUGUUCACCUGCGAGAUGCUGGUAAAAAUGUACAGCCUGGGUCUCCAGGCAUAUUUCGUCUCUCUCUUUAACCGGUUUGAUUGCUUCGUGGUGUGCGGUGGAAUUACUGAGACCAUCUUGGUGGAGCUGGAGAUCAUGUCUCCCCUGGGGAUCUCUGUGUUUCGGUGCGUGCGCCUCUUAAGGAUUUUCAAGGUGACCAGGCACUGGACUUCCCUGAGCAACUUAGUGGCCUCCUUGUUAAACUCCAUGAAGUCCAUCGCUUCGCUGUUGCUUCUGCUUUUUCUCUUCAUCAUCAUCUUUUCCUUGCUUGGGAUGCAGCUGUUUGGUGGCAAGUUUAAUUUUGACGAAACGCAGACCAAGCGGAGCACCUUUGACAAUUUCCCUCAAGCCCUUCUGACAGUCUUCCAGAUCCUGACAGGGGAAGACUGGAACGCUGUGAUGUAUGAUGGCAUUAUGGCCUAUGGUGGCCCAUCCUCUUCAGGGAUGAUCGUCUGCAUCUACUUCAUCAUCCUCUUCAUUUGUGGUAACUAUAUCCUACUGAAUGUCUUCUUGGCGAUCGCUGUAGACAAUCUGGCUGAUGCUGAAAGUUUGAAUACUGCCCAGAAAGAGGAAGCUGAAGAGAAGGAGAGGAAAAAGAUUGCCAGAAAAGAGAGCCUGGAGAAUAAAAAGAACAACAAACCAGAAGUCAACCAGAUAGCCAACAGUGACAAUAAGGUUACAAUUGAUGACUAUCGAGAAGAGGAUGAAGACAAGGACCCCUACCCACCUUGUGAUGUGCCAGUAGGGGAAGAGGAAGAGGAGGAGGAGGAAGAUGAACCUGAGGUUCCUGCUGGCCCCCGUCCUCGCAGAAUCUCAGAGUUGAACAUGAAGGAGAAGAUCACCCCCAUUCCUGAAGGGAGCGCAUUCUUCAUUCUGAGCAAGACCAACCCGAUCCGCGUGGGCUGCCACAAGCUCAUCAACCACCACAUCUUCACCAACCUCAUCCUUGUGUUCAUCAUGCUGAGUAGCGCCGCCCUUGCCGCCGAGGACCCCAUCCGCAGCCACUCCUUCCGGAACACUAUACUGGGUUACUUUGACUAUGCUUUCACAGCCAUCUUUACUGUUGAAAUCCUGUUAAAGAUGGCGACUUUUGGAGCUUUCCUCCACAAAGGGGCUUUCUGCAGGAACUACUUCAAUCUGCUGGAUAUGCUGGUGGUUGGGGUGUCCCUGGUAUCAUUUGGGAUCCAAUCCAGUGCCAUCUCCGUUGUGAAGAUUCUGAGGGUCUUAAGGGUCCUGCGACCGCUCAGGGCGAUCAACAGAGCAAAAGGACUUAAGCACGUGGUCCAGUGUGUCUUCGUGGCCAUCCGGACCAUUGGCAACAUCAUGAUUGUCACCACCCUUCUCCAGUUCAUGUUUGCCUGCAUCGGGGUCCAGUUGUUCAAGGGAAAGUUCUAUCGCUGUACAGAUGAAGCCAAAAGUAACCCCGAAGAGUGCAGGGGGCUUUUCAUCCUCUACAAGGAUGGGGAUGUUGAUAACCCUGUGGUCCGUGAGAGGAUCUGGCAAAAUAGUGAUUUCAACUUUGACAACGUCCUUUCUGCUAUGAUGGCGCUGUUCACGGUCUCCACAUUUGAGGGCUGGCCUGCGUUGCUGUAUAAAGCCAUCGACUCAAAUGGAGAGAAUGUGGGCCCCGUCUACAACCACCGCGUGGAGAUCUCCAUUUUCUUCAUUAUCUACAUCAUCAUCGUUGCUUUCUUCAUGAUGAACAUCUUUGUGGGCUUCGUCAUCGUCACAUUUCAGGAGCAGGGAGAGAAAGAGUAUAAGAACUGUGAGCUGGACAAAAAUCAGCGUCAGUGUGUUGAAUACGCCUUGAAAGCACGUCCCUUGCGGAGAUACAUCCCCAAAAACCCCUACCAGUACAAGUUCUGGUACGUGGUGAACUCCUCGCCUUUCGAAUACAUGAUGUUUGUCCUCAUCAUGCUCAACACACUCUGCUUGGCCAUGCAGCACUACGAGCAGUCCAAGAUGUUUAAUGACGCCAUGGACAUUCUGAACAUGGUCUUCACUGGGGUGUUCACCGUCGAGAUGGUUUUGAAAGUCAUCGCAUUUAAACCUAAGGGGUAUUUUAGUGACGCCUGGAACACGUUUGACUCCCUCAUCGUAAUCGGCAGCAUUAUAGACGUGGCCCUCAGCGAAGCCGACCCAACUGAAAGUGAAAAUGUCCCUGUCCCAACCGCCACACCCGGGAACUCUGAAGAGAGCAAUAGAAUCUCCAUCACCUUUUUCCGUCUUUUCCGAGUGAUGCGGUUGGUGAAGCUUCUCAGCAGGGGGGAAGGCAUCCGGACGUUGCUGUGGACUUUUAUAAAGUCCUUUCAGGCACUGCCCUAUGUAGCCCUCCUCAUAGCCAUGUUGUUCUUCAUCUACGCGGUGAUUGGCAUGCAGAUGUUUGGGAAGGUUGCUAUGAGAGAUAACAACCAGAUCAACAGGAACAACAAUUUCCAGACCUUUCCCCAGGCGGUGCUGCUGCUCUUCAGGUGUGCCACAGGUGAAGCCUGGCAGGAGAUCAUGCUGGCCUGCCUCCCAGGGAAGCUCUGUGACCCCGAGUCGGACUAUAACCCUGGGGAGGAGUACACGUGUGGGAGCAACUUCGCCAUUGUUUAUUUCAUCAGUUUUUACAUGCUCUGUGCAUUUCUGAUCAUCAACCUGUUUGUGGCUGUUAUCAUGGACAACUUUGAUUAUCUGACCCGGGACUGGUCUAUUCUGGGGCCUCACCAUUUAGAUGAAUUCAAAAGAAUAUGGUCAGAAUAUGACCCUGAGGCGAAAGGAAGGAUAAAACACCUCGAUGUGGUCACUUUGCUCCGCCGCAUCCAGCCUCCCCUGGGGUUUGGGAAACUAUGUCCACACAGAGUAGCCUGUAAGAGACUAGUGGCCAUGAACAUGCCUCUCAACAGUGAUGGGACGGUCAUGUUUAAUGCAACCCUGUUUGCUUUGGUUCGAACGGCUCUUAAAAUCAAGACGGAAGGGAACCUGGAACAAGCUAAUGAAGAACUCCGAGCUGUGAUCAAGAAAAUCUGGAAGAAAACCAGCAUGAAACUGCUUGACCAAGUUGUCCCUCCAGCUGGUGAUGAUGAGGUAACCGUGGGGAAGUUCUAUGCCACUUUCCUGAUACAGGACUACUUUAGGAAAUUCAAGAAACGGAAAGAACAAGGCCUGGUGGGAAAAUACCCUGCGAAGAACACCACCAUUGCCCUACAGGCAGGAUUAAGGACACUGCAUGACAUUGGGCCAGAAAUCCGGCGUGCUAUAUCAUGUGAUUUGCAAGAUGACGAGCCAGAGGAAACAAAACGAGAAGAAGAAGAAGAUGUGUUCAAAAGAAAUGGUGCCCUGCUUGGAAACCAUGUCAAUCAUGUUAAUAGUGAUAGGAGAGACCCCCUUCAGCAGACCAAUACCACCCACCGUCCCCUGCAUGUCCAAAGGCCUUCAGUUCCACCUGCAAGUGAUACUGAGAGACCGCUGUUUCCUCCAGCAGGAAAUUCGGGGUGUCAUAGCCAUCAUAACCAUAAUUCCAUAGGAAAGCAAGCUCCCAGCUCAACAAAUGCCAAUCUCAAUAAUGCCAAUAUGUCCAAAGCUACCCCUGGAAAGCGGCCCAGCAUGGGGAACCUUGAGCAUAUGUCUGAAAAUGGGCAUCACUCCUCCCACAAGCAUGACCGGGAGCCUCCAAGAAGGUCCAGUAUUAAAAGAACCCGCUAUUAUGAAACUUACAUUAGGUCUGACUCGGGGGAUGAGCAGUUCCCCACUAUCUGCCGGGAAGAUCCAGAGAUCCGUGGCUACUUCAGGGACUCCUGCUGCUUGGAGGAGCAGGAGUAUUUCAGCGGUGAGGAGGGCUUUGAGGAUGCCUGCUCGCUGACCGGGGCCAGGCAAAACUACAGCUACUACAGCCGAUACCCAGGUGGCAGCUGGGACUUCGAGCGGCCCCGAGGCUACCAUCACCCCCAAGGCUUCCUGGAGGAUGAGGACUCGCCUGUUUGCUAUGAUUCCCGGAGAUCUCCAAGGAGACGCCUACUACCUCCCACCCCGACAUCCCACCGGAGAUCCUCCUUCAACUUCGAGUGCCUGCGUGGGCAGAGCAGCCAGGAGGAGGUCCUGCCAUCCCCCGCCUUCCCCCACCGCACAGCCCUGCCUCUGCACCUGAUGCAGCAACAGAUCAUGGCAGUUGCGGGCCUGGAUUCCAGUAAAGCCCAGAAGUACUCACCAAGCCACUCAACCCGGUCAUGGGCCACCCCUCCGGCGACCCCUCCGUACCGGGAUUGGACGCCAUGCUACGCGCCCCUGAUCCAGGUGGAGCGGCCAGAGGCCCUGGACCAGGUCAACGGCAGCCUGCCGUCCCUGCACCGGAGCUCCUGGUACACGGACGAGCCUGGCAUCUCGUACCGAACGUUCACACCAGCCAGCCUGACUGUCCCCAGCAGCUUCCGCAACAAGAACAGUGAUAAGCAGAGGAGCGCAGACAGCUUGGUGGAGGCGGUCCUGAUAUCUGAAGGCUUAGGACGGUAUGCAAGGGACCCAAAAUUUGUAUCGGCAACAAAACACGAAAUCGCCGAUGCCUGCGACCUGACCAUCGACGAGAUGGAGAGUGCAGCCAGCAACCUGCUCAACGGGACGGUGCAUCCCCGGGCCAACGGGGGUGUGGGCCCUGUCUCCCACCGGCAGGACUAUGAGCUCCAGGACUUCGGGCCAGGCUACAGCGAUGAAGAGCCCGACCCCGGAAGAGAUGAGGAGGACCUGGCAGAUGAAAUGAUCUGCAUCACCACCCUGUAGCCCCCAGGGAGGGGCAGACUGGCUCUGGCCUCAGGUGGGGCACCGGAGGGCCAGGGAAAAAGUGCCUCGUAGUUAGGAAAGGUUAGGCACUAGUGUGGAGUCCAUAUUCAAUUAGACUUUUGUACAAGUGAUGUCAUGCCUCACGGAAGCCAUAAACCUGGUAGGGGACAGCCGUGCUCCCGUGCCCAGCCUCAGCUGUGGGAAGCAGCAGGUCCAGCCCUCAGAGGGGAGGACCUGUGAGGAGGUGGGACAAGCCCUGCCCACUUGUCCAGCGCGCCCCCGGGGCUCUCCCCUGUGCCCACCCACCUGCUGGCACGGUGGGGAAGGUCAAGGUGAUGACGAUCACCACACCUGUGUCAUUACCUCAGCCAUUGGUCUAGCAUAUCAGACAUUCACUGGGCCCAGCAUAUCCAUUUUUAAACCCUUUCCUCCCAAACACACUGCUUCCUGGUUUCUGUUUAGCUGUUCUGAAAUACAGUGUGUGAAUCAGGACCUACCUACCAGCCGUCAUCUGGAGAGGGGAGCAGGACCUUAUACAUGAGGUUUUCUGUUAUGUGACCCCAGUUUACAAAAGAGAGUGUCACUCAGUCGGUUUCUGACUGUCAGCUCAAGGGCAACUGUAAACUGGAAUAAUCAUGCACUCGCAACCAGGUAAACUUAGAUACGCUAGUUUGUUUAAAAAUUAUAGAUUUACUGUACAUGACUUGUAAUAUACUAUAAUUUGUAUUUGUAAAGAGAUGGUCUAUAUUUUGUAAUUAUUGUACCGUAUUUGAACUGCAGCAAUAUCCAUGGGUCCUAAUAAUUGUAGUUCCCUGAAAUCUAGGUAUUAUUAGCAUUUUUACUUGGGCUGUACAGAAGUAGGAGAAAUAGAGCCAAUUCUCAUCUAUUCCGUGAAAAUCUUUUGGGGAUGAAAUUUUAAGUUCAAAAGAACUUGACACUAGAGAUUUUUUCUAAAAAAUAUUUUGAGUCACUCUAAAUCUACCUUUACACAAGAUA